UGCCAAUUUAUUUCAUCUUCGACACACGUGAUCUAAAAUAGUCAUUUGGCGUCCUUCACUAAUCACCACUCACAAAAGCUAAUGUUAUUUGUUGGACUCAAAAGACUUCAACUCAGCUCUCUGUUGCUAAUCUUCGUUCCUAGGGAAGUAAAACCUCUUCAUGAUGGAAAUAAGUAUUGCAAGGUGUCAUCUAGAAGCUCAGGGGAUAUUCUUUUCUAACACUUUGAGAACACUAGGAAGGGAAAAUUCUCAGAAACUUCCAUGUAAUGUUGCGUCCCUGCAUUCUAGACGGGACCUCCACGUAUUAGCCUCUUCCUAUCAAACUCUUACUGCCAUGUAUCGAAGAAGGCUGUUUUUCUGUAGAACACAAUCUAUGCAAACUGGUUUAGAAGAAUAUGCAUCAUUACAAUCCAGAGAUAAUCCUAACAAUGAUAUUGAUCCAUCUAUAGACUCAGAAGACGAGAUCUUGUCACAACCACAUACCAGUGAACAGCAGAUAAAGGCUCUGCUUGCUGAUACCGAAAGAGCAAAAGUCACUAAGAAGCUUAGUGAAGCCAACCAACAAAAUCGGUUCCUCAAAAGACAGUUGUAUAUAAAGGAGGAUGCUUUGGUAAAAUUUAAAAGUGAACUUGCUGUCUUAGAGCUCGAAGUUCAGGCUUUGGCCAGACUAGCAGAAGAAAUAGCUAAAUCUGGUAUUCCAGAAGGUUCAAGGAAGAUCAACGGAAAGUACAUUCAUACUCACCUUGUUACUAGAUUAAAAGCUGUACACGAACAAUUGAAUGAGCAAAUAAAGGGUGUUGAUGCGGCACAAUCAAAGGAGGUUUCCGUAUUUUGGGUCGGCAUGGCUGAGAGUGUGCAAGUUAUGGGCAGCUUUGAUGGUUGGAGCCAAGGAGAGCACCUUUCACCAGAGUAUACAGGUUCAUACACAAGGUUCUCAACAACAUUGAUGCUUAGGCCUGGAAGGUAUGAAAUCAAAUUCUUAGUAGAUGGUGAAUGGCACCUAUCAACAGAGUUACCUGUUACUGGUGAAGGGUUAACCAAAAAUAAUUUGUUAAUUGUUGAGUGAGUGUUCUGUAUGUUUAAGUAAUCUUAGCAACACUUGCAUGUAUGUUGUUUGAUCACAACUCUUCUUUAUAAGGGUCGUGCUAAGAAGUGCCCCGGAGCAUUUCUUAAUGAAUUA